AUGUAUUAAUAAAAUUUGCCAUUCGAAUUCAAAGGAUCCAAAGAGGAAAUUUAUAUCUGCUAAUAAUUAAUUGCCUCAGGUUCUGAGGGUUAAGUUUAUAAAGGUAUCAGAAAGGAUUAACCAUAAUUAUAUUUAGCAAUCAAAUUCUCAUUCGAUACAAGUAAUGAUGAAUUACAAUUUUUAUAUAAGCUUUAAAAAAAAUAAUAAACUGAUAAUCCAUUUAAACAUAUAAUUAAAUACUUUGAUGUUAUACAAGAUCCUAAGUUUUUGAAUAAUUAAGAAUAACUAUUUAAAAAGUAUUGUUUCAUAAUGGAAUUGGGAGAAAAAAACUUACUUGAAGAAGUCAUAUAAACAAAUAAUUACUCAGAAAAUUAAAAAAUUGAAAUUAUUUAUUAAAUUGCUGUUGGAAUUCAAGAACUUCAUAGUGUAAAACAAUUUCAUAGAGAUAUUAAACCUGAAAAUAUUAUUAAAAUUGGUGAUGCAUGGAAAUUAUGUGAUUUUGGGUUUCUAAAACAUUAAAUCAGCUAAAAUAAAACUCAAAAUGUUGGUACACCCUAUUAUAUUGCUCCAGAAGUCUUUAAAUAAGAUUCUGAAAACUUUAUUAACUAUGAUUAAAAAAUAGAUGUAUGGUCAUUAGGUUGUAUAAUUUACGAAAUCAUUACAGGAUAAUUAUUUUUUUCUGGAAAUUCAAUGUAAGAAAUAUAAAAAUAAAUUUAAAAUUAUUGUUCCAUUUAAAAAUUUAAUCCUUUAAAUUAAAACACUGAUUAAAGAUUCAAAAAUAUUACUAAUCCAAAAUUAUAACUAUUAUGCAAAGGAAUGAUAACUGUGGAUUCUUAAAAAAGAUAUGAUAUUCUUCAAGUUUUAUAAAAACUUUCAGAACUUAGAUAAAUACCUUUUACUAAUGUCAUGCAAUUUCCACUUUAUUAAUAAUUUUAAUAAACCUGCUCUAAUUAAGUAAGUUAAAACUUUUAAGGAUUACAAAAUACUUUCUAAUAAUAGAUCUAUCCUCAAAAUAUGUAAACAUUAAAAACAAUUGAUAACAAGUUUUAAAAUUCAUAAAAUUUUACAAACAAUCCUAAAAUAUAGACUUUACCAGCUAUGAACCAUUUAUUUUAUAAUAAUGUUUAAAAUCAGUAAAAUACCUAAUAUUCUAAACAAAUUAGCUUCUCAAAUUAAAAAUAAACAACUUAAUAAUAAUUUCCUUAGUUUCAACAGAAUAAUCUUAACAACUUUUAAAACAAUCAAUAAAUUGAAUUCUAAUAUGGUGAAAACAUAGAUAGUUUAGAUAUGAAGAAAGAUAAUAAUCAAAUUAUUGAAUAAUAGAAAAUAAUAUUAAAAUAAUAAUUUUUCGAACUCUUGUCAAAAUCUCUUGAUAAAGUAAUUAAAAUAGAAUACAAGAAAGAAAUUUAACAAUUUUUCGAUUCAUCAAAUGAUCCCAUCACUAAUUAUAUCAAUAAUCUGGAUGAUAAAUAGGAUAAGUAACAAAUAGAAUUUAUAGCUGAGAAGCUCACUUAGUUUAUUAAAAAAAGAGUUGAUAUGGUAUUGUAAUAAGGGUAAGGAAAUAAAUGA